CCGGCUUACGCUAGAAUCCUGAGUUUUUUUUCCUGCCCGUCCGUUUGGCUUCGACAAGGAAGUGCGGUGGAUACCGGCAGGAUACCGCAGGAUACCGUACUGUCGUCCUACUGGACUGUCGGCAUGCCUGAUCAUGUCAGAUUUGAAGGAAACUCUGAUCGACAUAAACCGGUUGUUUCCGAAUUUUAGCGCUUUCAUCAAAGUCAUACUGAAGAAGGAAACGUUGUCCGAGGAAGCUGAGUUGACUCGGUCACGUUACGAGACGAUAAUAAAAGGUAUGGAGGAAGAACACCCCCUACCUCGACCUGCCAGCCUCAUAGGAGAUGACGACAGUGGGUAUCACUCGACAAAACCGAAAGUGGUGUCAGUUCCUGAUAUACCAACUGUGUCCCAUACUGGGUUCCUUUUGAAACGGGAUGACAAGUACCGCUGGCACAGGUACUGGUGCCGAAUUGACAGCAAAGACAUGAAGUUUCUUGUCUUCAGUGAUUCACAUGAAGAGACUCUUUUGAAAACUAUUUCUUUAUCUACAGUCACCACUUCGUUUGGCAUACCACAAGCCACUGAGUGUGACAAAGAAAACGGGUUUAUCCUUUCCUGUGUGGCAGAUGGUGGAGAGGAAAGUGGAGGUGGUGUCAUAGAAGACGUUGUUCUUGCUGCUUACUCCGAUGUGGACUACCAGCAGUGGCGCUCUGCCCUCACAAUUUUGACUGGGACUCGGGAUUCCCUGAGAAUAUCAUCUGGCUCGCUCCUGGAUGGCUCUCACUGGGGGGCUCUGCCACCUUGCCAUGAUGCUGCAUCCACCAGCUCUUCCAAUUUCAGUUCCAAUAGGGAAAGUGUCAUAUCAACAACUUCAUCCUUGCCCUACAUGCUAAGGCUCCCAAACCACGAGUCUCCCCCGCGUGGUCGCAGCCCUUUAGGUCAGGGGUCCAGUAUUGGGGACACCUCAUCCCUCUCUAGUAAACAACUCCAGCCUCUUCCCUCUCUACCCCCUGAGGAUGGAGAUCAUGAUAAAGAGGAUGAUGACAAUGCCAGUGUGGGAACAAUUUACGAGAAUAUUGACAACCUGGUGUUACAGUUCGACUCCACCUUGCAAGCAACGGUACAAGCCAUGGGCCAGGUUGGCCAGCACCUUGGAAACAGUAAGAAACCAAAAAAGAAGGACCGUUCCCUCCUCCGCCAGACUUCCUUUUUCAAAGGAGGUAAAGGACACAAAGCAAGGCUUUCAACAGCACAGAAAAAUGAGCUGGAGAGAGGGGAGUAUUUUGCUGGCCACCUUUACAAGAGGAGUUCCAGUGGGUCUUGGAAGAAAAAGUGGUGUGUGCUGAAGGGAGCAGUCUUAUCCUAUUCAAAAAACAUGGAAGAUGUAGACGGUAGAGAGUAUGUUGUAUUGGAUUCUCAAAUAGAAAGAACUACAGACCCCAAGAAGAGCUUUGCAUUCAAAAUGAAUUUGAGGGGUCUUCCAGAACCACUGUACUUUGGCACAGACGAUGAAAAUGUGAUGAAUGAGUGGAUAAAGAAGCUGGAAUGUGCCAGUAUUAGCAAAAGAGACUUUAGCUGGGACAUGUGGAGAGAUCAGCAAUCAGAUGAGCAACCUUCUCGUUAUCACAGCCAGACUUCUCUGGACUCUGUCGAAAUGUCAGAGAGUCACUACAACGUUCCUCGUUCUAUUCAUGCUGCACAAGCCUCUGCUGCUUCUUCUGCAGUACAGCCAAUGCCUGCAGGAGUUGCUGUCAACAGUGGGAUAUAUAGUGUACCCAGCUCCCUCCUUGCAUCGGAUGUCAGUAACACUUUCAGCAUUCAGGGCCAGUCCUUUUCUCUCUCUGGUGAUCCAUAUGCCCAGUAUGAUGUCCCUCGUCCCCUGAGCCUAAUCCCUGAUGAAGAGGCUAUUUACGACUACCCUGAGAAUGUGGUUGACAUGGAGAUCUACGACUAUCCACCUGAUGCUCUUUCCCUGUUGCCACCACCACCUGAUAUGUGUCCACUUCCUCCCGAGAGCAGCCACAACAGUGUCGCCACGCUAACUUCUGAUUUCUCUCUUUCUGCACGAUCUAGUCUUGCAGCUCCCGAUGAUUGGAGUCACAUAACUCUCCCACCUCCCCCUGUCUCCUUGUCCUCUUCCAGACCCUCUGUAGCCAUUUCAACAACCUCUUCUGAUGAGUACUCUCAGAGUGCUCGAAACUCAGUGGCCAGUGUUGAGGGGUUAUAUGAUCGUCCUCGCAAUCGCAGCAGUAAUACUUUCAACAGAUCCAGCUUGGGGGAAGUCCUUGAAGAGCAAUUUACUGCAUCGAUGACGCUUACAGAAACGCCAGAAACAUCGACAUCACUGGAGUUUGGCGUUUGUGCAAUACGAGGGUUCCUCUAUAAGAGAGAGAGGUUUACCUGGAACAAGAUGAACUGCCUCAUUCGCAACAGUUUCCUGGAAUGCCACAAGCCAAACAGUACGCAAGGGCCGGCACUUAAACUCUUCCUACCACGCAGUGUCAUAACUCCAGACAAGGAAGCCAAGAGGCAAUGGGCGAUCAGAGUGAAACACCCAAGAAGGGAAGGAGUACUCCAGUUUGCUGCAGAAAAUGAAGAGGGCUACAGGAAAUGGAUGAAAGCCUUUAGCUCUGCUGCUGCUAUUGAGGUCCAAUCAGUCAAUACUGUGGAGGAGAUAAGGAUAACAGAUCUGGAUAUGCAAAAUCGAUGGACAACAUUGGAGCGGAAUAAUACCCUACAGCAACCAGAAACAUCUCAGACAAAGAAAAAGGUGGUGGACGACCUGCCUCCUAUGCAAACCGGUCGCCGCAACACAUAUUCAGCAGGAGAUGACUACAUGAGUGAUACCCUCAAGCGACGCAGGAAGUUCUCGUGGAUAAAAACCCUCUCCCGGAAAAGAAGGCUUCAUCAUGCAGCUGUGUCCGAUGCCCAGCUGGCAAGUGACAAGCAACACAUGAAUGGGGCUGUUGUUAAGCAGCAGCAGUCAGGGGAGGGCUGGUCACAACAACCAACAACAGUUGUAGUUGCACCUGAGGACCGGGCCCAUCGUGUCACAACCGAUGAUGGAGUUGAGCAGUUCCAGGGUUACUUACAUGUUCAACGCAAAGGGGCUAACAACACAUGGGUGCGCUACUGGUGUGUGUGUGGAAGACCUCAGUAUCUCCUGCUACAUUAGCAGAAGUGAUCUCGCACUCACUUUAUCAAUUCAGCUCAAGGGUUCCAGGGUUGCAGAUGCUGCCCACGACUGCAGGCGACAGAAUUCAUUCAAAAUAUGGCAUCUGGAGAGUGGCCAGUGCCUGUUUUUUGCAGCUGAUGAUGCCAUUGAGUAUGGAAGCUGGUUCAAGGAGGUCACCAAAGGUGCAGAGUAUGUUGUGCCUCUUGAUGCGGGAAUAUCCAACUCCCCUCUAGCUGCACCAUUCUAUCACUUCACCAAGGACAGCCCCUCAGACUCAAGUCCCAGCCAACGCUCAUCCCGGUCCAGUAUUGCAUCACUCCCCGAGCUAGACCUCGACACUGCACCUGUAAAUUCGGGAGGUACAGUUGUGUACAAGGGAAAUCUAAAGAAACUAACUCAGAACAAGUGGAAAGACCGCCAUUGCGUUGUGAAAGAUUCGGUUUUGCAAGUGUUUGCAACUUCAUCAGAGAAGACCCUUCUAACAACCAUGCCCCUGGCUGGAGCUGGCGUAGAGCUGGUCAGUGUUCCAAAUGAGGAGGUGCAUCACUUCACGUUCCGCAUUUGCAUCCCUUCCGGAAAGGCGCACAUGUUUUGUGCUGUUUCAGAGCAAGAGAUGUAUGCCUGGGCCACCACACUGCAAGAUGUGGCCUACCAGAGCUCCGAUGUAAAGGAAGACCCAAUGGCUAAAAGCAGAAAGAAGGUAAAUUCAAGCACUCUGAAACACAUCGAGAAGCUGUUCACCCCAAUUCCAGCAAGCAGCCUGUCAAAUCCAGUGCAUGCUGGGUAUGCUGAAGUGUUGGCAUUGGGCUCCUGGCAACGAUACUGGUGUGUGGUGCACUCUGGAGCUCUUUAUCUCUACCAAAACCAUGAGUAUCCUACCACCACUCUCACCAUUGUUCUGAAAGGGUACAGAAUCACAGUAGGGGGUCCCCGUGGAUGUAAGAAGCCCUGUGUUAUAGCCAUGCAGUAUCCUGGACUACACACAACAUUUAUGUCCGUGCUUGACCAGAAUGAACUAAAUGUGUGGUUCAAUGCACUGGAAAGGGGGACCAGAAUGGAGAGCACUAUUCAGCACCUAAGGAAACCCCCAGAAAAGGCAGCAAUGCCAGCGACAGAUGUCAGGAUCAAGGUCACUCCCUUUGAGGAAGCAGACCCCCCAAGUCUUGGCACAGAGAAUAAAAAGACUACUGUGGAUGAACAGUUGACUGAGACUCCACUCAAGAAAGAAGAGACUUCAGGUUCUCCACCCCAGCACAUAAUCCGCAAGUAUGAGAAGAAGGUUCGCAAGACUCACCGUGUGGCCAAUGUAACUGAACAGAACCUGAAACGACAGCAGGCCUCCCUCAUGCAUUUUAAGCGGGAGUUGUCACAGACGACUGGAAAACUCCAGGAGCUGGCCAAUAAGGGAGAUGAGCAUGCCAUCAAGCGGCUCAAGAGUGUUCGCGUAAAGCUGCAACAAAUUGACAAGAUUCUGCCAUACAUCGGCAAGUAUAUUAUGGUAAACCGGCAAGCAGAGAUCCAAACUGUUGCCAUCCUCAAGGAAUCUUGUACGGUUGAUCUCCAACGGGUAAAGGGAGAUGCCACGCAUGCCGGAGUAGCAUCACAAGACCCUGAGCCAAGCAGAAUCCCUGCUCAUAAGCCCCUGGAAACACAUGAGGAGGAGGCGGAGUGUACUGCCACUGUAGAGCCUACUCAGCACUCAUCUGAAGUCAUGGCAUCACCACUCGUUUCUGAACAAACAACAGCAAAUCCAGGAAUAACGCCACCUGUACCACAAAAUGAAGCCCAAGAAGAGGUCCCAGCGGCUGAGCCAUUAGAGCCUGCACCACCAACACCCCUUAGCUCACCAGAAUUGGUUGAGCAGAGGCUGUCUCCACAUGCACCUGAUGACUCGCCCUAUGCAAACCUCAUGUUUCUUCAGUCAGAAGCUCAGAAGAUACACACAAAAGGAGUUGGUAGAGGAGAGGAUCCCAAUGUCAGGGAGGAAUCCCCUUAUGCUACCCUUGCCAGUGUAAGACCAGGAGAAGUGGCAAGCAACCAGAGCCGUGACGAGGUUCAAUAUGCAGAACUUGUCAAAGUUAUGUCGCCCACAAUUCUUUCACCAGCUCCCAAGAGCCCUUAUGCUGAGCUGGACUUCACCAAAAUGCAGGAACAACAGCAACAGCAACAACGCUUAACUCCCACAUCUCCAAGAUCACGGUUAAACUAUGUCGAGGUGAGCUUCAACGCGGGCAAGUCAAAAGCUGUCAUAGCUGAUGAAACGGACUCUAAGACAGAAGAAAUAGACACCACUCUGGUUGCCAGGAGUGAAGAAAAGGAAACAACCCCAUUGGAUGAAACACUUACGUCAGUCGAACAGCCAUUAACAUUAAGUACUUCUGCUUUAGCACACUCCGCUCCAUCUCCCAAGUCCAGAGCUGCAGCAUUGCAAGAGGCUAUAAAGCUCUUUGAGCCUCCACACAGUUCAACCCCUUCCAAGCCACCAUCAAGCAAGGCAGAACCUCCACCAGUGAAGAGAAAGCCAAAGCAGAGUAAUCCCUCUGCCAACAGGUCCUCAAUACCUCAAGAAUCAUUCACCUCUCCGUCUCACACUGCCACAGAGGAAACUGGCAAGAAAGACACUGACCAUUGUUCUGAUGAUGGCAAGCUGCUUGUCAGUGAGACUGAUGGGGCUCAGUCGGUUGCUACAGGUACAAUGAGUGUUCUGGAAAGAAUCAAGGCUCUGGGGAUAGAAGUCUCUCUACUGUGUUGUAUACACUUCACUUGGAGGUCUUACCAGGUUCCUAGGCCAAAGAGAGGGACAUGGUAAUGAAGGGGACACCGAAGUUUAUGUCUUGCCAUGGAAAGAUAAACAACAAAAAGAAAACUGACUGACAGUGACAAUGAAAAGCACUAAAGUGCAAACCCUCGGCGAACUGGGCAUGCGCGUUACCGCUAAUAUUGAUGGGCUGGGCUGCUAUUAGUAUAUAUGUAGUAUACUCGUGGUCUCUCGCUAGUAGCGUCUGACACGGGCUAGCUACAGUAGUGGGAGUCGAUACACGCCCUUCGUUGUGACUUCUCGUGCCUUCA